UCAGCGGUAACGUACAAGUGCGCGGCGCUACUGUCCGGCUUCAUGUCCACCAUCAACUACUGCCCGACCCGUCGCUGUCAUACAGAUUUCUACUGGACACACGUUACUAUUUCGUGUGCAGAGAACGAAUGUUACACGACCGGCCAGUCAGGGCAGUACUCCGGGCGGCGAUCUUGCACAGAACAUGGUUUCACGUGUCAGGCAUGGUCCGACCAGUCGCCACACACACACUCGUACUCGGACCUCGCGCUCUUCCCGGACACAACGGAGUCAAGUCGAGGAUCUCACUGUCGCGACCCCGGUGGCACCAAAGGACAGCCCUGGUGUUACACCACUGACCCCGCCGUCACAUGGGGCUACUGUGACAUACCACUAUGCUCAGAUUUGAACGUCACUGUAGAUAAUUGUCAGCCAACAACCAGUAAUGGAACGUUAUAUGAGCGGCUGACAUCAGACAGGGCAGGGUUCGACCUACUUUCCACCAUCAGUGACGUCAUAAACGCCGUGUCAUGUUGCCGCAAGUGCUCACACAUUGUACCUUGCGUCAUGGUGACGUAUCACCAGAACACUGGCACGUGUACACUUUACAAAGAGAACACUAGUAACGCCGCUGCUAUAGACUGUGUUGGGCUAAAAUGUUAUCUCUUGAAAAAUUUGGUGUAG